UAUCUCCUCAAAAUGAUUUGCCUAUAAAUAAUACAUACAAAAAUCAUUAAACCUACAUUCCAAACAAACAGAUACACAACAAAAGACAUACCUGGAGAAGGAGGUGAGCACAGUUUUGUGAAUAAUUCCACCCAUCAAAAACCUGAUGCCAACCUUUAAUCGAGACAGCAGACUCAGCGGGACUUCUGACCCACAACAUGAAGGCUAAACCGGAGAACAGAGCUUGACCAAACUGUUUUCUAAGCAAAGGUUUCUCUUUGAAGUGACACCAGUGAUGUCACUGCUGACCUUUAAAUGUGAGAAAAAGAAAAAAAUAUGCAUCUGAUCUGAGAACAGUGUGGCUCUCUGUGAUAUGAAUGUUUUACAGGUUACUGAUUGUGGGAGCAUUUCUGAAACCAGUUUCAAGGGUAGUUGAUAAGGAAACUAUUCUAGGCAACAUACAGAGGAAAGAGAGAGGUGGCCUAUACAGAAAGUCUGCUGUGAUUGGUCACUGUGUAUUGAAAUAAAUGAUGGACAGAGCUGAACUAAACUUUCAAACCUACACACUGACCACUAAGAAGUAACUCACAGAUCUCCAUUGCAGAUCAUCCAAACAGAGUUGAUCUGCGUUAUCAGCCACAAUGUGGAUCCUACAGAAAGUGCAGGCGGGAGCAGAAAGUCUGCCGGUGCAGAUCAAUCACCUCAUCAGCAAAAACAAAGAAGAGAUUUCAGCCAAGACCAGCAUCUUCAAUAAACUGCACAGCAACGUCCUCACACCUGAUAAAAUCCCUGACUUUUUCCUGCCGCCCAAACUGACCAAGCGCUGCCUCAUGGCAGACGCUGAAAAAAUCUCACAGUGUUUGAACAAAGAAAAAAAAGUUCCCAACUUUGCAAAAACAUCACUGUCAAGACCUGGCACCGCUCAGCCACUGAGAGCGAGUCUAAACAAAUCUACAGCGGCUUUAAACAAACUCAAACCCAUCCCAUAUUCACUGAAAUGCUACGAAUCUGGUUUAUUCGAAAGUCCGAACACGCGUCGCAAAGAGUCUUUGUUCCAUUCGGCACUUACCAGUUAUACACUAGAGCGAAUGACCAUCAAAACACCCAAACUGUCCUGCAGAGCAGUGCUGAAGACGGCCAGCACUGAGAGUGACACGCCUUCGGCAGACUCCUCCCCUUACUCAACACCUCCUCCAAUCAGAAGGGAGGAUUUCACCAGUGAACAGCCAAUCUCUGAAGAGCCGAUUCAGCUAGAUGCCUUUAGAAAGGAGAAAAACAAAGUUCACUCCACUCCAGACAAAAAAUUCAUCUCAGAAGUCCCUCACCGUGCUAAAGUUAUUCAAACGUCCCGCUGCACCAAACUAGCCCCGCCUAUCCAGUUCCCACUGGACAUGCUGCACUGCCAGGAACGCUUCCAUCAGGAGCACGUGCUUCCUCUUCCUCAGAGAGGACGGGUGCGCGUCUCUGCCUUCAGGACCAGCGCAGCCGGGUGCUCUACGACAAUUCGCAUCCGUGUGAUCUCUGUGGAAGGUUUGAGAGAUAUCAGUGACCUUCGACCUCUGACCUGCAGCUUGACCCUAAGCCUCACUCCAGGCAAGCUGCAGCGGCAACACAGCGCCAUCAUCAGGAACUGCCGUAACCCUGUGUUCAAUGAAGAUUUCUUCUUCCAGGAACCUGAAGAGCAGCAGGGUAAUUUGAGAGAUCUGGCGCUCAGACUGAAGGUGCUGGAUAAGGCCUCAGGACUGGGCCGAGGAGUGGUGCUGGGAAUUGUCAUCAAACCUCUCUGUCAGCUACUGCCACUGUGAUGUGAACACACAUGGAAAUGUGCUCCAUUUGUAGUGUUUUGUGUGUCAUUUUGACUGUGAUAGAGCUUGUUUUGAUAGUCUAAAUUAGCAAGAGUUAGUGUUAUUGAGCCAUAAAAGGUCCCAUGCCAUACUGACGUUAUUAUCCAAAAAAAUCUGGUUUGUUGAGGUUGCAAACAUGUUUAAUAAUGAUUCAGUAAAGAUCGUUGUUCAACGCGGAGCAACCCUAAGGGGACAUGGUGAUGGAAAAGAAAGUUUUGCAUUGCUAGGAGAAAGUUUUGUGUUUCCCCCAAGAAACUCUGAGUUCCUUCACAAAAAAAGAAACAUUUGCUCACAAUUGGAGUUCUUCUAUUAAAAAAGCAUUCCCUCACAAAUUUUUUGAAAAACUUCAACUUUGUGUUCAACUUUUGGAUUCUUGCAAGAAACUUUCUUUGUUCAAAAAAAAAAAACUUUUACAUUUCCCCGCCAAGAAACUUCGCAUUUCCUCACAACACUUUUGUGUCUCCCUGAAAACUGUUGUGUUUCAUCACAAGUUUUGCAUUGCCCCCAGAAACAUUUGUUUGCAAAACUUUAAAAAAUUAGCAUUCGUUAACGUGUGUUGGCAGUUUAUGUACACAUCCACCCUAUUAUGACAAAAAUCCACCCAGUGUUUUUUAUUUAAUCUGUAAAAAUAAUUUCCUCUUUUUCAAAUCAAGCCAUUCUCAGCAUCUUGUCUGUGUGACGUCACACCGUCAGAGGCCGCUCUCACGAUAGUUGAUUGACAUUGGCAUCUUACCUUAGACCCGCCCUGAUGAGUUGUAACAGUCUGAUCACCAUUGUCAAUGACGGAACAGGGAUGUAUACAAGAAUGGCUCCUAAGCAAUUGACAUGUUCUGUUGUUUGAUGUAAUAAUGAACAUAGUGGUCGUCAUUUACUCCCGACAUCUGAGCUGCUGAAGAUGCAGUAUAUUUGGUUUGUUUGUGAAUGGAAAUCAUUCGUGAUCCAGCUUCAUGAAUCUGUGCAAUAAGCAUUCCUAAUAACGUGCUAGUUAGUAAGUUUCAUGGCUAAAUGCGGCUAAAGUAAACAGGCUUGUCACUCCACAGAGAGAAGAGAGGGGCGGGGCGAGCAGAGCUCAUUAACAUUUAAAGCAACCUCAACCAGAACAGGAUGAUUUUUGCCUAGAUUUUUUGCUCAAUCUAGAAACAAAAAACACUGAAGUACAAAAAAAGUUUUAAAAAAAAUUUACCCUUUGGGAAGCUAUAACAGGGUUUUUUUUUAGCAAAGGGGCCUGUCAAAAUAUACCCAGCCUAAACAAAAACUCAAAACUUCACAAAUCACCUGGUGAGCACAAGCAUGCAAAGUUUUAGGGAGAUCAAUGUUGGGAAUUUUGUAAAACAUCAUAUCUCUAUGGUAAAUGGCCUGAAUUAGCUUUUUUAUCAUUGAUUUAGGUUGUUACAGGCUUGAUAAAUAAUGUAUAAUGUCUUUUUUCAUAUGUUUUUUAAUGCUUUAAAGUGCUUGAACCCCAGUAAUCGCUGCUUGCAGCUAUAUUUAGUUUAAUUUUUUAUUAUUUUUUAUUUAUUAUUGGUGCUAGAAAACAACAUGCUAGUUACUUGCUAGUAUGUUUUGAGCUGUAUGCUUGACAGUAAUCAAUUUUUAUACAAUCUAAACAUAAAAAUACAUCCAGCCAUAAAUAAAUGAAUGUAAUUUUUUUAUUGUUGUGUUGUUUUGUACUGUUGUGCUAUGUAUUUACUGUAUGUGCCUCACAUU